UUUGAAGUGAUACUGUUCCGUGUGGACCCAUGGAGGUUAAAAUGGCGGGAAAGCGAACCGCCAAAUAUGUGGUGGGUUAGUCGUCAGACACACUUAGGUUUCGCUAUGCUCCGCCAUUCCUCUCAGCCCAGCUCUCAGCGUUGAAGCUAUGGACACCAUUCUCAAGAACUACUUUGGGCAUUCUACAUUUCGACCUUACCAGAAAGAAGUAAUAGAGAAUAUCGUUGAUGGAAAAGACUGCUUAGUUGUCAUGGCCACGGGCAGUGGCAAGUCACUCUGUUAUCAGGUGCCCCCUUUGAUUACUAAAAAAGUUGCUGUAGUAAUUAGCCCUCUUAUAUCUUUGAUGCAAGAUCAGGUAAUGUCCUUAAAAGAAAGGGGAAUUAAAGCUGAGUUUCUAUCAAGUGCUCAGACUAACCGUAGUGUGCAGAGCAAUGCUGAAUCUGGUCUCUAUGAAGUUCUGUAUAUGACUCCUGAAAAGGCUUGUUCAAUUUCUAGCAGUUUCUGGUCUAGAUUGUUGAGUUCAGGGAUUUGCCUGUUGGCUGUUGACGAAGCACAUUGCAUUUCCGAGUGGGGCCAUGAUUUCAGGGUAGAGUACAAGCAGCUACACAAGUUACGUGAUGCUCUUACUGGAGUUCCUGUUGUUGGUCUUACAGCAACCGCCACGGAAAAAGUUAGAAGUGACAUUACAAAUUCCUUGAUGAUGAAAGACCCUCAUGUUGCUAUUGGCUCUUUUGAUCGCAAGAAUAUCUUCUAUGGUGUCAAGUCCUUCACUCACGGCUCUCUGUUUGUCCAUGACAUUGUAGAAGAGAUAUCCAAGUAUGCGGAGGAUGCUAGUUCAACCAUAAUAUAUUGUACAACAGUUAAAGAUACUGAAGAGAUUUUCAAGUCACUUCUUGGAUCAGGAGUCAAGGCUGGAAUGUACCAUGGCCAGAUGUCUAAUAAAGCCCGUGAAGAGGCGCAUAGAUCAUUCAUCAGAGAUGAAAUUUAUGUCAUGGUUGCCACUGUUGCUUUCGGUAUGGGUAUUGAUAAGCCAAACAUAAGGCAAGUGAUACAUUAUGGCUGCCCCAAGAGUUUGGAAUCUUAUUACCAGGAAAGUGGAAGAUGUGGUCGAGAUGGCAUUUCUUCAACCUGCUGGCUUUACUACACAAGAAGUGACUUUGCUAAAGCUGAUUUUUACUGCAGAGAAGCAUCAUCAGCAGAUCAAAGAAAUGCUAUCAUGGAAUCAUUUAUUGCUGCACAACAUUAUUGUUUGUACUCAGCUUGCAGGAGAAAGUAUCUUUUAGAAUACUUUGGAGAAUCCUGUGCUUUUGAUAAUUGUGGGAAUUGUGAUAAUUGCACCAGUUCAAAGAAGGAGAAUGACAUGUCAAGAGAAGCAUUUCUUCUUAUAGCUUGCAUUCAGUCUUGUCGAGGCCGUUGGGGAUUGAAUCUUCCUGUGGAUGUUCUUCGUGGUUCUAGAUCAAAGAAAGUUCUUGAAAAUCAGUUUGAUAAGAUUCAGUUCCACGGCUUUGGGAAGGAGUUUCCUGCAAAUUGGUGGAAGGAACUUGCUGAGCAACUGAUUUCACGCGGAUAUUUGGUAGAGACUUAUGACGAUGUGUACAGAUUUAUAAGUGUUGGUCCAAAAGGAUCAAAAUUUCUGAGAUCUUGUAACCCUGACUACCAACCUCCCUUGUUACUGCCCAUGACUUCUGAAAUGGUGGUUGAUGAGGGAGGCACAGACAUAUCUGCUGAGUGUAAAGGAAGCAAUGCUUUGGCUCUUACGGAAGUCAAUGCAUUUUCUCAGGCAGAAACACAACUCUAUAAGAUGCUCCUAGAAGAGAGGAAGAAGGUUGCACGAGCUAAUGGAACCGCACCGUAUGCAAUAUGUGGAGAUGCAACACUGAAAAAGAUAAGUUUGACAAGGCCUUCUACAAAAGCCAGGCUAGCAAACAUAGAUGGCGUAAACCAGCAUUUUAUGAAAACAUAUGGUGAUUAUUUUCUUCAAAGUGUUAAGCAACUGUCUGAAGGGCUUGAUCUUAGUUUGGAUAGAGAACGAUGGCCUCAAAAUGUUCAGUCUUCUGUUUCCACUAAUAAGAUAGUUACGUUGUUACCGAGAAAUAAGAAUUUAACACCAGCAAAGUUUGAAGCAUGGAAGAUGUGGCAAGAAGAUGGCCUUAGCCCCCAGGAAAUUGCUAAUUUUCCAGGGAGAACUGCCCCGGUAAAAGAACAAACUAUAUGUAGCUAUAUCCUUGAAGCUGCACGUGAGGGAUAUCCUUUUAAUUGGACCAGAUUUUGUUAUGAAAGUGGGUUAACCCGAGAGAUAUUCUCAAAUAUUGCAACCGUUGUCUCGAAAGUUGGUAAAGAAAAGUUGAAACCUAUUAAAACUGAGCUGCCUGAAGAGGUGACUUAUCCUCAGAUCCAGGCAUAUUUGACGAUGCAGGAGUUGGGAGUAUCAGAUGAUGUAUUUUCAUCUAACCAGCAGCCUGAUCCCACAACUGUUGAACCAAAUGAGCUUUCAGAAGUUGAAGAAACAAUUAAUAAUGCAAAUGCUGAUUGUUCUUCGUGUGGGGAGAUGGGAUCAGCAUUAAAUCUCCAGACUGAGAGCAUGCCUGUUGUUGAGGACGAGCUUUCACCAAUUUCUGCAAAACGCCAAAAGAUUCAUGCGCUAGAGACAAUAACAUCAAUGGCACUGGGAGCAACAGAGGAAUCUUUACUAUGCUGGCUCAAGAAUUUUCAUGAUGGGGUGUCUCUCUCUAACCUCAUGGAGCACUUCAAUGGGUCCACGGAGAAAUCCAUCAUAGAUCUUCUGUGCAGCCUCGAAAGUGAGUUCGUGAUAUAUAAAAAGAAUGGGUUGUACAAGCUGAUGUAGCCACCGGGUAGUAGAUGGAAGAGUUGUUUGUAAUUACUAAUCAAUACUCUGUAAUUAGUUAGUCGAGUAAUGAGAAGCUCGAAUGUCAAUUCCUCCCGUCCUGGCCUAAAUUACAGAAGCCGAGUAGUGAUGGAGGAUUUUUGUAUAAAAACACUGAUUGGGGUGCAAGUUCGAAUAUAAGACGCAGUCCAGAGAUGCCAAGAAUGUCUGGAUUUUAUUCGAGCGUGAUAAUGUGAUAUUAUUCUAACAUUUAAG